AUGGAUGACCAAGCCUGUCCACGUUGUAAAACAACGAAAUACAGAAAUCCAUCUCUGAAGUUGAUGGUAAACGUAUGUGGCCAUGCUUUGUGCGAAAGUUGUGUUGAUUUGUUGUUUUUAAAAGGCUCAGGAUCUUGUCCAGACUGCAACGUACCAUUACGGCGAAGUAAUUUCAGAGUCCAACUAUUCGAAGAUCCCAUGGUAGAAAAAGAAAUUGAUAUCAGGAAAAGGGUUUUGAAAGACUAUAACAAAAAGGAGGAAGAUUUCGCCACAUUACGUGAAUACAAUGACUACUUAGAAGAAAUAGAAACUAUUGUCUAUAAUUUAACUAAUAAUAUAGAUAUUGUCGGCACUAAUAAACGGAUAGAACAGUACAAAAAGGACAAUAAAGACAUUAUAAUGAAAAACAAAGUUAAAAUUGGCAGAGAAGAAGUGGAGUUAGAAGAGAUUUUAGAAAUAGAGAAGCAGAUGGAAGAGCUUCGUAGAGCUGAGAUAACACGUUUAGAACAGGAAGCGAAGAAACAGAAGAUUAGAGAGAAGGAAGCGUUGAUUGAUGAGCUGAUGUUUGCGGAGGGUGAUGCCAAAGACAUAUUGAAUACAUUUGCGCAGAACAAAGCUAGUAAACAAGAGGAGUUGGUUCCUGUGGUGCCUAAGGUAACACAAUUCUCAACGGGUGUGAAAUUCACGCGAGUGUCGACGCAACCUACGCUACCACUCAUAGAAGAGGGGCCGUUGUAUAAGUAUGAGCCAUUGGCCGUGCCGGACAGAUGUGGACCUGAUCCACCUUCCAUUGAAGAUAUUGUGGCUUGUGGAUAUUUGAAGCAUGUCAGAGCCGAAACUGAAACAGAGAAGGCCGGUGGCUACAAAUCCACAUUGCCGUGUCUACGUGCUUUACAAGAUGCGUUGGCCGGCCUGUAUCACGCGAGCUGA